AUGGCCAAUAAUUCUGAUAAACGUCAAGCAGGUAGAUUUGUUAAAGUUCUAGAAAUGGGAUGCUUUGCAUCAACGCCAAGGGACACUGGUGGAAACAGGAGAAAGCCAACGAGCAUAGGAGACGUUUCGGUAUAUGUACCCGGUUUAAGGAUACCCAAGCCUGUGGAGUUUUCUCAGUCACUGGGUAGCCAGUUACAAUUCAGUGUACAGUUUAUUUGGGUAAACCAGGAGGAUGAGGAAGAGGAAACAGCCAUGUCAAACGUGUGGUAUGAAGUAUUGUCGAUCUUGCAUCUAAUGGCAAUGCUACAAAUGUCACAAGCCAAUUUACUGCUUCUUCCUAGAGGUUCCACUGAUGGCUACCAUCCAAAAGUAUCAGAAGAAAAUAGACGAGCUUCAAUCGAUAUCUUCUUAAAGGCAGCUGGAUACCUGGACUGUGCUGUCAAACAUGUCCUCCCUCAGUUUUCAGCCGAGCUAAGGAGAAGUUUGCCUGUUGACCUAGCAGAAGGAACUCUACGGGCUCUUUGCUUGCAAGCAUUAGGCCAGGGUGUUGAUAUCCAACUUGGGAUGGCGAUUGAUAGCGCAAAAGCCACUCUCGCAGUGAAACGAAGACUUUCAUGUGAAAUGGUGAAAUACUGGCAGCAGGCACAAGAUAACUUAAUGAAUCUUCCAUUAGCAAAUGGUUGGGGAGAAAAGCAUAGGCUCUUUGUUAAGUGGAAGUAUGUCGAAGCUAAGGCUGCAGCUUACUACUACCAUGGCUUGAUCCUUGAUGAAGGAAACACAGAGAAAUCACAUGGCAUGGCCGUUGCUGCUUUACAGGCUGCAGAUGAGUGUUUUAAAGAAAGCAAGAAAGCAAGUGAGGCGUUUAAUGCUUCUUCUCCCACGUCAAGGACUCCACCGCUUUUCGGGACGAUGAAGUAUCUAUCAGAGAAGAUACCGAAAGACACUUCAAGUAAAGUCAGGAUAAACCGCGAUCUAUACUCAUAUGAGAAAAUCAUGGAGACAGCACCAACGCUUCCUGAUUUUGCCUUGGCAUUGAAACCCGACGAGUACCAACUUCCUUCUGUAGAUGCCUCCUGGUCUGAAGAUAAUCUACGGACUAAAGACACAUCACAACACAUUACAGGCAACCAAAGAUAG